UAAUAAUAUGGUAACUAGCAACUGAAUGUUAUAUAUAAACUUAUUUUUAUAUUAUUAUUUAUUAGUAUUUAUUUACGUAUUAUGUAUAUAAUUAAAUUAAGGUAAAAACAUAAAUCAAAACAAUAAAUCUUGUUUAUUUAUGAUAUUUUUUUGUAAAUAAAUUAAAACAAUCAUUUUAUUUAAACUAAUUGUGGAUUUAUAUUCACUGUACAAUCGAUUCAACAUUUAAUUAAACUAAAUCAUAAUCUCGAACUGGAUCCUAAAGAACCAACGAUCUCAAGCAUAACAUUAAGCUCGGAACCUGCACCAGAACUAGAUGGCAACUCGAGACACGUCAGUCUCUGGAGAGCUAUUGUUGGAGGCAACUUUCACCUCGCUCCAGACCGAUUCGAGAACCUGACCCGGAGUCGGCUGGACAAGAAAAUAGACAGCAGACCCAAACCCAUCCCAAGCAAGAAAGACGAUCCAUGCCGAGCUUACACAGUCAAAUCCGAGGUGAAAGAGAGUCAAAUCAUUAAAGGAGGUCAAUAAAAGUCAUGAUACCCGCCCGAGAUCACACAACCAUUAUGAUCUAAUCUUGAAGACUUAUAUAUAAAAGAGAGAUCAAGGUCAAAAUAAUGGGAUUCAAAUUCUUCUGGAGUAAUACUAUAUUUUCAAUAUGUACAUGUCUUUUUUUUAGAUACUUUUUGUUUUAAUACUAGUUUUCUACUUGUAUUAUCAAUCAAAUACACUUGUUUAUUUGAAAUAAUCAAUAUACAGUACAAUCUUUUAUAUAUUUCUUCUUAUACAUGUAGCGAAACUCUAAACCUAAUUUCUGAAAUGAAUUUGGAGAUCCAUCAAUCAUUUCCUGGAAAUCGCGCACAGAUUUGCUUGACUUUAUGUGAUGAAAAUGUAUUUGGAUACAAAUAAGUGUUUUCUUGCAAUUGGAUCUUCCUAAAGUUUCAGACUUUUAUAGCUUUCUAUAUUGCUUCUAUGUUUCAAAUAAAAUGAAAUAAGCUAACAUUCAAUGUAGUGUUGGUUUGGCAUUCUCUGGAUCUUAGAAAACGACCAAAACCUAACAGUCAAUGUACACAAAGUAUUAUGUGAAACAACCGUCUAUUAUAUAAACUGUUGAACCAAGAUGUAGAAAAUAAAAAAAGCAAUGGACAGGCAGAAGCGAAUUGUGCUCAUUCAUGGGCUCUGCCACGGCGCAUGGUCUUGGUACAAAGUGAAACCGCAGCUGGAGGCGGCAGGGCUCUGUGUAACUGCAGUUGAUCUAGCUUCGUCGGGUAUAAAUAUGACCAGAUUGGAAGAGAUUCAGACUUUAGAAGAUUACUGCAAACCAUUGCUUGAGUUUCUGAGCUCGCUUUGCUCAGAUGACGAAAAGGUGAUUCUUGUUGCUCAUAGCAUGGGAGGAAUAUGCGCUGCACUUGCUGCUGACAUCUUCCCUUGUAAGAUUGCUGCUAUUGCCUUCUUGACAGGUUUCAUGCCUGACACAAGAAACCCACCUGCUUAUGUGUACGAAAAGUUCUUAAAAAGCAUUCCACGAGAGGAAUGGUUGGACACCGUGUUGGGGAAGUACGGGAAACCUGAUUGUCCUCUAGAUUUUGCUCUUUUGGGACCAAAGUUCAUGGCCAAGAAAGUGUAUCAACUCUCUCCACGUAAAGAUCUUGAAUUGGCGAAAAUGUUGGUGAGGGCAAACCCCUUCGUUACAAACAAUCUGGCUGGGACAAGAAGCUUCAGUGAAGAUGGAUACGGAUCCAUUACACGUAUAUAUAUAAUAUCUGGAGAGAGUAAUAUAGUACGUGAGGAUUACCAGCGUUGGAUGAUCAGGAACUUUCAGCCAAAAGAAGUAAUGGAGAUCAAAGAUGCAGAUCAAAUGCCUAUGAUCUCCAGACCUCAUGAAGUCUGUGCUCUUCUCUUGGAAAUCGCUUGUAAAUAUGCAUAAAUAAACCUCCUGAAGUCUCUACUGUAUCGACUACAGUAAUAAUAAUUAUAAUAAUUAAUAAGCCAUAUGAAAAUGCAUCUAUAUGUAUGAUAACUAAGCAGAAGAUAAUUUUAGUACAAGUGGUUAUAUAAAUAAGAUCUUGUGGUAAUUCUAUUUCUAAAUUAUUAACAAAUUUUGGCUUCAACUCAA